GUGACACACAAACGGUAAUGGUAGAUGUAAGAUAAUUGAGAGGGAAAGAAAACUCAUGUAACUUUAAUAUAUGGUCGUCCUCAAACCCAUCUCAUCAUCGUCUGGACUCCAUUAAUUGAAGUCGGACUUUUGAUGAAAAUGCGAUGACUGCAGGUUUUGGCAAAUAAUCCUGCGUAAAUAAUCACAGUGCGCGUCUCGCGGCUUUUUAAAUUUGUCAAUCAUGUUGUUCUUGUCUGUCCUGUGGACAGUUGUUUUAUUUACUUUUAUAAAAGCCAGCAUCCCUGAGACUGGUCCAACUGAUGCAACAGAUCUGGAAAGCGGUUCAGGGAUGUUGCUUACAGAAGAAACAGAUGUUCUUGCUCAUCUGUGGCCGGUGGCAAAUCAGAGCAAUGCAUCAGUAAUUCAGGAAAGCCAAAGUUGUCCAAUACUGCGAGUUGGCCAGUACUCCACCCUCUCUAUAUCAUUACGCAAGGUGUUUGGAUACAGGUUUGGCGAUGAGUUCAGUUUGCUUUUGCAUUUGCGCAGCUCCCAGCCUGAUGACCGCAGUGUGCUAACCUUCCUCUGCCCAGAUGGACACAUUCUACUGCAAAUCCGCAUCAGUGCCUACACAUUCACGUUCAUCAGCACCCAACAACGGCACUAUGAGUUCCCUGUUGGCGUACUGUCCGAUGGGGGUUGGCAUCGUGUCGCGGUAAGUGUAUCCACAGGACGGUUGGCAUUGUAUGUGGAUUGCUUCAUGGUUGAGAGUGUGGACUGGGCCUACAAGGAGGGUCUUGGAAUCUCCACCGAUGGCUUGGUGAUGGUGGGAGGAAUCGUUGAGGGAUUUGAGACCCCUUUUGAGGGUGAUCUAAUGCAGGUGACAUUUCUAAUGGGAGAACCAGAUGCAGCUCGGGAUCAGUGUGGUGUUUUCCAGCCUCAGUGUGGCGGGACGGACCACAAACCUCCCCGUUCCCCUCGCAUGCACACUCUAGAGGAACUCCUGCUGUCCUCGAAUGACCUGGAGGAUCUUUUGGAGAUGGCAGAGGAUAGUGACUCUAUUCGUGCAAAACUGGUUAGUCUUCGCAGACGUGGCAUCAUCCGUGGUGAUGGUACCCUGCCCACUGGAUCCAAACGUCCUGUCUUUCAUGGCCGUGGUGAUGUGUUUGAGGUGGAUGAGGACACAGACCUUGUGGACCACAACCUCUUGUCCAAAAAUAGUGGUAAACCUUCUAAGACUCUCCCAACUGAUACCACAGGCAGCCGGGAUAGAAAACCUGAAUCCACAUCUAAACGUCUGGAUGAAAACAUCACCACUGAAAAGGAAAAACCUGACAAACUUUUACCAAAGAAACCAGGGGAUACAAUCAUCAAUUUGGAUGUUAGUGUAUCCUUUGUAUCACCACAGAAACCAACAAUAAUGACUGUCCCUAGUGAAGAAAUCCAUCUGGAAACCACAUCCAGAUCUGACGAUCAAGAAUCCAACCUGUUAAAGGAGGACGUGGAUCACGGAUUUACCACACAGGCUCCUCAUAGCACAACUUUUUGGAAGGGCAUCUCUCCAGGCAGUGGAACUACAAUUCCAGAAGUUCCAGAAGUCCCUGUAGGGUCUGGAAGAGGUUCUGAGGAUCACCCAUCUACUGUCAUACUUACAGGCAGGCACGGAGAUCUUGUGCAAGGCUCUGAUGGGAUGAUGUAUCGCAUCCAAAAGGGCCCCAUUGGGCCAAUGGGCCGCCCUGGUAAGCCUGGAUGUCCUGGGAGUCUUGGCUAUCCGGGGUUCAAAGGUGAUAAGGGUGCUAUUGGGCCAAAGGGCCAUUCAGGUCGCCGAGGAUUUCCUGGACCCCCUGGGCCACCAGGACUGCCCACCCUCUACCUGUGGAGAAACACACCAGAGGAAUGGGCUGCUUUUCAGGAAACUUCGUUCUUCCAGCUUCUCAGUGCAGGCUGGCCUAGAGCACAGGGUCUUCCAGGGCCGGAAGGGGAGAUGGGGAAACCUGGGCCACAGGGGCCACCUGGGGAACCUGGUGAUCGGGGACGCUCAGGACGUAUGGGAGACAUGGGUGACCCUGGCCCAAAAGGUGUGGUGGGCAGAGCAGGAGUCCAUGGAAAGGAUGGAGAGAAUGGGCUGGAUGGACCUCAGGGCCCUCCAGGGAUUCCAGGACCAAAGGGUCCUCUGGGCUAUAAAGGAGACUCAGGCUCACCUGGAGAGAAGGGAGAAGAGGGCCUUAUUGGAGCAGAGGGUCCAUGUGGAGAUAUGGGAAACACCGGGGAGAAAGGUUCUAAAGGAGCACCUGGCCCUCCUGGACCUGUUGGCCCUCCUGGACCACAUGGCAUCAGAGGGAUUGAGGGCACUGAAGGGCCUCCAGGGCCAGAUGGGGAUGAUGGGAUGGAUGGACCACCAGGACUUCUAGGUGCUCCAGGAUCUCCUGGUUGGACCGGUGUGGUUGGUGUCCAGGGCCCUAACGGGUCUCGUGGGGAGUCUGGACCUGCAGGAGGCAUUGGCCCUCCAGGGCCACAGGGUCCUCAGGGAUUGGAGGGACAGAUUGGACCUCCAGGUCCCAGGGGCCCACAGGGGCUGCCAGGCAGGGAGGGUUUACCUGGCCCAAAAGGAGAGCAUGGACCUGCAGGGCCAGUUGGCCUCCGAGGCGAACCAGGAUUUGAAGGACUAAUGGGUGUGUUAGGAACACAAGGUCCAAAAGGUUUUACUGGUAUCAAAGGUAACAGAGGACCUAAUGGAGACCAGGGAGAAAGUGGACCUAAAGGAAACAAAGGUGCUAGAGGGGUCCCAGGGGUACAGGGCAUUCAGGGUGAGCAGGGGCCAGCAGGCUUUCCUGGUUUCCAAGGAAUUAGAGGUCAGCCAGGACUACAAGGGAUCCAGGGAGAAGAUGGAGAGGUGGGUCCACUUGCCAAAUUGGGCAAGGAGGGGUCAAAGGGAAGCAGAGGUUUUGAAGGUCUCCCUGGAAUGCCUGGUCCCAGAGGGCUAAAGGGUCGAACAGGGCAGAGGGGUCACACUGGAAUGCCUGGAAUUCCUGGUUUACCUGGCCCACCAGGACCUGACGGAGCUGAAGGAAAGCCUGGUACACAGGGACUCCAAGGCCUUCUCGGUAAUGCAGGAAGUAAAGGACCAAUGGGAUUGCAAGGUAUUCCUGGAGAACCUGGUCAGGAAGGACCACCUGGAUCUAUGGGUUCUCCUGGACAUGAGGGGUCCAUGGGUAUCCCAGGACCACCAGGAGAAAGGGGUUUCACUGGAAAGACAGGAGCGGAGGGACCACAGGGCCCUGUAGGCAUGUAUGGUUUCCCAGGAAACAUGGGUAUGAGAGGAAGACCAGGCCACACUGGAGAGAGAGGAGAGCUAGGUCACAGAGGGCUUCCUGGACCUAUUGGCAAGCCUGGAACCCCAGGUCCCCCUGGUCUAAUAGGAGAAAAAGGCCUGCCUGGACCACAGGGCCGUCAGGGAAAUCCCGGGCCUCAGGGAACUGAUGGACCAUGUGGUCCUCCAGGACUUCAGGGAUUCAAUGGGGUCAUUGGAAAACCAGGACCCCAUGGAAAUAAAGGACCCCCAGGGCAUGCUGGACCAAAUGGGCCACUGGGUAUUCCAGGUCUUCAGGGGGCAGACGGAGUGCCAGGUGCAGCUGGGGAGAAAGGACAGAAGGGAAUUAUGGGCUCCCCUGGAGAUGAUGGUCCUCUUGGAUUGGAAGGGCCACAGGGUCCAUUUGGUCCAGCAGGUGUGGAGGGACCUUCUGGAAGGAAAGGUGAUAAGGGGGACAAAGGUCCCAGCGGAAAGCUUUGUCCUCAGGGACAAAAAGGAGACAUUGGCCCUUUUGGUGCUAAAGGUCUAAUGGGUCCACCUGGCCCAGCAGGCAGUGAGGGUGAUGCUGGUCCAGUUGGCGUUGUUGGUGACCCCGGCCCUAAAGGAGAAAAGGGUGAUAUUGGGCCACUGGGCUUUACUGGUUUUGAGGGGCCAUGGGGAGAUGUGGGGAAACAGGGAGAAAAGGGGCUCAAGGGAGCCAAGGGCCAGAUUGGACUGCAAGGUGAUCCAGGGGUCAUGGGUUGGGUUGGACAUGCUGGUCUGAAGGGUGUAGAGGGUGGACCAGGUCAUCCUGGACUGGUGGGGCCAGAUGGACCUCCUGGAAUCAAGGGAGAAGUUGGGCCCAAUGGUUUAUCUGGCGAGCCAGGAGAUGCCGGACGAGAGGGAAUUGCAGGUACCAAAGGUGUGAGAGGGGACACAGGCAAAGGUGGGACACAGGGUGGUGUUGGCUCGUUCGGUCCACAGGGUGCUUUGGGCCCUAAAGGUUUCCCUGGACCUGGAGAGGAGAAAGGAUAUCCAGGAAAUAAUGGAGAACCAGGGGUGGAGGGACCAGAUGGGCUUCAAGGCAUACAGGGACCACCGGGACUGCCUGGUUUAGAAGGCCCACCAGGUGAGGCAGGGGAAAGGGGGUCACCAGGUCUACUAGGAGCUGAGGGCCACAUGGGUAACCCAGGACCUGAAGGAAGGGAAGGCAUGAAAGGAGAGAAGGGAGAUGAUGGCAAAAUAGGAGCACUGGGAAAAAUGGGUCACAUUGGAAGGAGGGGUAAAAGAGGCAAGGCAGGAUUGAGAGGGACCAGAGGACCAAGAGGGGGAAAGGGAGAGAGAGGAGUUGAAGGAGAGAAAGGGCCCCCUGGAUGGGGAGGAAGUAUGGGAAUACAAGGGCAGAGAGGAGAGCCAGGGGACCACGGUGUCAAAGGAGCAGAGGGUGAGAAAGGGGAUCAGGGAACACUUGGUCCACCAGGAAAAGAUGGCUUUAAGGGCAGUCUAGGUCCUUUAGGCCCUCCAGGACCUCCAGGACCUAAGGGGGAUCAGGGUAAUAUUGGUCCUGCUGGACCCAGAGGGACUCCUGGAAUACCUGGACUACCGGGCUUGUUUGGAGAUAAGGGUCUUAAGGGAUUUCAGGGGCCUCCUGGACAACCUGGAAGGAGGGGCUUACCAGGCCCACCAGGGCCACCGGGGCUUCCAGGUCUUUCUGUGAACCUGACGCUGACCCAGCUCAAGGACAUGAUGUAUAAUUUAGACAAGCCCAAUUACCCUUUGAUUCAGACACUGCUGGACUCUCUGUACCAUGACAUCCGGCUGCUGGUGGACCCUCCAGACGGCAGUAAGCAGCACCCAGCCUCCACCUGUCUGGAGCUAUGGCUGUGCCAUCCCAACUACACCAGCGGUUUCUACUACAUUGACCCAAACCAAGGCAGUCCUUUAGAUGCUCUUUUGGUCUACUGUAACUUCUCAGAGUCAGGAGCAGAGACCUGCCUUCACCCCAGACACGCACAUUUGCCCACACAGGCUUGGCUGAAUGAGUUGGGGAAUAACAGCAGGUUCUUCUGGUUAAGUUCACUGGAGGGAGGCUUUAAAUUUGAGUAUCCAGCCCUCAGUGUGGUGCAGCUGCGGUUUCUAAGACUCCAGAGCAACAGAGCAGAACAGAGAGUGACAUAUUCCUGUUACCCUGGACACAGACUGGGCCAGACACAGCGACAGGUCCAGUUCCUCACUGAUGCUGUAAAGCAGAGCUAUUUAGGAGCACUACUGGAUUGUGUGUCUGCACAGGAAGUGGAUCCCAGGCCGCAGGAGUCUGUGUUUCUGUUUGAGGACAUGGACCUGCUUCCUCUACAUGACAUUGGAAUCUUUGGCAACAGCGCUCAUGAGUUUGGGUUCACCAUCGGCCCUGUGUGCUUCAGCUAGAGACACAAUGAGCGAUAAGUGUAAAUCCUUAGUUUUUUAACCUUAAAUACAAGCUACAAAGAGAAGGGUCAAAAAAGGACACUCUGAAGACAUAUGUAGCAUCUGUGGCUUGCAUUAAAGAAAAUGUCUUACAGAGUUCUUAAGACAGUGGCUCCACACAAGUCCCCUGUCUAUCUCGGUGCUGCCAGAUAAAUGGACAAUAUCUUUUUCUUUUCUUUUUUUUACAGAGACAUUUGGUUUUGUAAUGGAUGUACUGUUUUAUACAUAAUGUUAUUUGUUUAUAUAACUAGCUGGUCUUGUAAUAACAUUGUAUAUGAAUCUUGGAUCAUAUCAUGUGUGAUUAUCUGUGAUUUUGCCUUAACAAACAAUUUUAAUGACAGGGUUCUAAUGUAACCACUAUGUGGUUGCAUGGUCCAAGUUUCAACUAUUCAACUUGCAUUCAAAUUUUGUACAAACUUUUACAAUGGAUUAACCAAUUUAUUGGACUACAGAACAUAGGAAGGCAUCGAGUGUCUAAAUUAAGCCUUUUUUUAAUCUAAACUUGAAUUGUAGGUCUAAGAAAGAACAAAGCAUCCUAAUAAGGACACAGCUUACCUUCUCGUGAGAUUGCCAUGAAACCUGGGACUGAAUAUCAGGAAAUCUGUGCUACCUUUCUGUUUUGUACGACUUGUCAAUCUCUGUUCAAGUAAUUAUUUUGAUUUUCAGAAAAUAGUCCUGUGAUGUUAGUCUAACAUUGGUCAUGUCACCUAAAUAUUGUUUAAAUAUUAGUUUUAAAUGAUUCAGGGGGCUAUUCACAAUAGAAAUAUAGAGCAGAAUAAUACAAACGGUAGCAAAGUUGAUUUUUCUUUUUUAGAAGGCCACACCAUAUUGCACCAAGUGUGCAAUCAGUUAUUUAAUAUGCAUCACGGUUAUGAGACUUUCAUUCAAUAUACUGUAACACAUACAGAACAAGUAGGAAUACAAGUCACACACGAGACGUGCACUUCAUAUUGCACAUUUACUGUAUGUAGGUCUCAGGGAGCACUUACGUUAAAACAGGUUACGUUCUUGAAAUGUGCUGCGAUUAAUCAUCCUAGACCAACACAAAACCAAUAAAGUGUCUUUCUCUUUAGCGUUUUUUUAAUUUAAUUAAAUUUUGUCAUUAAUUAUCAUCAAUAUCAUUCUAAUCUAAUUUUAAACUCUAUUGAAUUUAGGCACAGGUGCCAUCAAUUGCCUACAAUAUUUUGUUAAAUUACAUUUUGUAAUGUAUAUUGUGUUUUCUGUGUUAUUGUGGUUGCAUUGGAAAUCAUAUGCUGGUCAUCUGUGUGAGUAUCAGCUCUAUAAAAAGUGCAUUAAUGAUGUAUUGUUUUAUUCGUGUUGAUCAAUUUUGUACCAUUGUUUGAAACACGACCAUUUCCUAAAAAAUUUUUUUGUAAAGUUGUGUUUUUGCUUUAAAUACCUCAGAUUGGUAGUAAGAUG